AUGGUUUCUCGAGUUUCGACAAACCUGAUACCAGUCAUCAAACUCGAAGAGAAAGAGUUUACACUUUCUCAACGAGAGAAAUAUAUUAUACCAACAGCAAUCCAAAGUGCUUUUUCAUAUUAUUGUCACUUAUGCUCGAAAGAUUUACAAAAGCAUUAUCCAUACAUAGAUCAUUUUAGAUACCAGCAUCAAGUCUUAAUCGAUCCUUACAGACGCAAUGUAGCAGCAUUUAUUACAUUUGGGAAGGCUGCUAUUAUGAAUCAGGUGCAGAAAGAAAUGUACCUUGAAGCCUGCGGGCUCGUGUCUGACCUCCGAAAAGUCAAAUCCUAUGGAUCUUCAACGUCAUAUUCGGAACAUACAGACUUCAGAGCCUGUCAUACAGCACGACACGUAACAACUUACAGUCAUAAUGAUGGGCAAUCGAGCUCGUUUAUAUGUUACUUUUGUGACGACAAUUGUACUUUUGCUACUUAUUAUACCCAUUUGACAGAUAUGCAUAGCAUUAUACCAAGAGUAGCAAAAGCCUUGAUUUCAUCAAUACAUACGAGUAAUAACACCACAGAAUCGAGCGCCUUUGGUACUAACAUACUCAGCAACAUCCUCUCGAUGACUAACAAUAGCCAUGCUCAAAUUGCAUCAUCAGAAAGCACCCGCACAUACAGCAUUAUUAGUAGGGGAACAAAUAAUUUUAUUAAUGAUGCAGUUACCAACAUACCCGCUAUUACACAGUCGCUAUCAGAUACUUCAAAUACUACUUUGCACGCAUUGAACUCUCCUGAGUAUCAAUGCGAAAAUACACACCGGUACAAUGCUAAUGAACACCAACAAGAGAAGAAAAAGGUUCAUUUUGCCGAGAUAAUUGCUUCCUAUCCCUCAUCUCAGACGGUUACAAGAAAAAAAAUAAUGCCUAUCAAUUAUUCUAAAGUUCCGCCACCACUUGAGAAGUGCGACAGGCACGAGCAUGUAUGCGUACUAUGUAAAAUCAGCUAUCCAUACUUGGUUGAUUAUCGUCGUCAUUUGUAG